UUCCGGCCGCCUCGUUGUGGACGUCAUUUUGAACGUACUCGAGCGUUUUCACAAUUCGAAAGCUUCGGUUACCGGUGCUGGGAAGAGGUGACGAGACUGAGAAGGUACCCGCUGCACAGAGGCGGGUCUGAGGCUCGGUGACGCCACCCGAGGGCCCCGCACCAGGCCCAGGAGAGUGAUCGCCGUGCCCGCGUCUUGUUUCCUCUCCCGCAGCUCCGGCCCCGCUCCGCCCAGAGAGUCCGAUGGCGGCAGCAGCGCCGAGGGACCCGCGUCAGGUUGGUGUGACCUUUGAAGAUAUUGCCGUGUACUUCUCCUGGGAGGAAUGGAGGCUCCUUGAUGAGGCUCAGAUACGCCUGUACCUUGAUGUGAUGCUCGAGAGCUACGCACUUAUAUCCUCACUGGGUUGCUGCUGUGGCACAGAGGAUGCAGAGGCAACUUUUGAACAGAUCGCUUCUCUAGGAGUGUCACAGGCUAGGACUCCCAAGGCAGCUUUGUCUUCCCAGAAGACGCACCCCUGUGAGAUGUGUGGUCCAGUCUUGAGAAAUGUUUUCCACUUGGCUGAGGAUCAGGAGACACAACACAGCCAGAAACUGUUGAGGUGUGGGGCAUGCGUGAAACUAUUUUAUUUUAGUGCAAACUUUAAACAGCACCAGGAGCAGCACAUGGGAGAGAAAACUCUCAGAAGCAGUGUGGAUGAGGCCUUGUUUGUGAAGAGCUGCAGGUUCCAUGUGUCACAGAAACCAUUUACCUGUAGGGAGUUUGAAAAGGACUUCCUGACCAUUGUGGGACAUCUGCAGGAACAGGCCACUUGUACUGUUGACAAGCCAAACACAGUCACCCAGUGCGGGUCAACUUCACAAGGCAGGAGAAGUCAUCACACCUGGGGAGAAUGCAAGAAAGCCCUCAGCCCCAAACACACACUUGUUCAGGACCAGGGGGUCCACACUGGAAGACCUUGUUUUGUGUGCAGUGAAUGUGGGAAAACAUUCAGGUACAAAUCCUCAUUUGUUGUACACCGGAGAGUCCACGCUGGAGAAAGGCUUCAUGUGUGUGGUGAAUCUGGAAAAUCCUUCAGGCAAAGCUCAACCGUCAGUCAACAUCAAAGCAUUCAUACUGGGGCAAGGCAGUACAAGUGCAGUAAAUGUGGGAAGUCCUUACCCUACAAAUCUGUCCUCAUUUCUCCCCACACUUGGCGCAAUGGAGAAAACAGUUACGUGUGCAGUGAAUGUUCAAAAUCUUUUACCUCUAGCUCAGCCCUCACUUAUCAUCAGAGAUCUCACACAGGAGAAAGGCCUUAUGAGUGUCGUGACUGUGGGAAAUCUUUUAUCUCUAGGCCUGCCCUCAGAUACCAUCAGAGAUCUCACACAGGAGAAAGGCCUUAUGAGUGCAGUGAAUGUGGGAAGUCUUUUACCACUAGCUCUAACCUUCAUUAUCAUCAAAGAGUUCACACUGGAGAAAGGCCUUAUGAGUGCAGUGAAUGUGGGAAAUCUUUUAACAAUAGGUGGGUUCUCAUUCAACACCAGAGAGUUCACACAGGAGAAAGGCCUUAUGAAUGUCGUGAGUGUGGCAAGUUGUUUAAAUAUGGAUCCCAAUUGAAUCAGCACCAGAAAGCUCACACUGGUGAAAAGCCUUUUAAGUGCACUGAAUGUGGGAAAUCUUUUAAUAAUAGGUGGACACUCAUUCAACACUGGAGAGUUCACACAGGAGAAAGACCUUUCGAGUGCAGUGAAUGUGGGAAAUCCUUUAAUCGGAGAAAUAACCUCAUUUUACACCAGAGAAUUCAUACAGGAGAAAGGCCUUAUGUGUGCAAUGAAUGUGGGAAAUCUUUUACCUUCAGCUCCAGCCUUCGUUACCAUCAGAGAGCUCACACUGGAGAAAGACCUUAUGAGUGCAGUGAAUGUGGGAAAUCUUUUAUCUCUAGGUCUGACCUCCAUUAUCAUCAGAGAGUUCAUUCUGGAGAAAGACCUUAUGAGUGUAGCGAAUGUGGGAAAUCCUUUAUCCAAAGAAAUAACCUCAUAAUACACCAGAGAAUUCACACAGGAGAAAGGCCUUAUGAGUGCAGUGAAUGUGGUAAAUCUUUUACCUGUAGUUCCACUCUCCAUUAUCAUCAGAGGGUUCACACUGGAGAAAGGCCUUAUGUGUGCAAUGCAUGCGGGAAAUCUUUUAUUACCACGUCCAAACUGCGUUGUCAUCAGAGAGGUCACAGUGGAGAAAGGCCUUAAGAGUGCAGUGAAUGUGGGAAACCUUUUACAGUAAGUCUUAUACAAACUAACAAGUUCUGUUCCAAGAGUGAGUUUGUAAGUCCAAUUUGUUCUUAAGUUCAGCAGAGUUAGCCUAGGUACCCAACUAACAAUGGGCUAUAUAGUACUGUACUGUAAUAGGUUUAUAAUACUUUUCACACAAAUAAUACAUAAAAAAUAAACACAUAAAAUAAAACAUUUUUAAUCAUACUUUGCAGUACCUUGAAAAGUACAGUAGAAUCAGGUACAUCACCAUUGCUUUUUUU